CGGGCGGCCAUGUUGGAGCAGCGGAGGCGGCGCAGAGGUGCGUCCUGGGUCCCCGCGGCGGCGCCGGUGCCGAGCGCUGGUUUGCGGCUGCCCGGGCAGGUCUGCAGUACCUAAUGCCAUGAGCGUGGUGGUGCAGCAUGUGGAGGAGAAGGCUGUACACUCUUGGUCGCGGAUCUCCACGGCAGGGAAGAAGGCCCUGGAAGAGGCGCUGCUUGUCUUUAACCCCAUGAGCCAGGAUCUCAGUGCCACAGAGGCGCAGCUUGUGGCCUUUCUGCAGGGCCUACGGGAUGAUGGUUUCCAGCCCACCAUCUUGCGCAGUGGCGAUGUCUACGGCUACAGUUCGUGCACGGCCAAACCCCCAAGUCAGACGAAGCUGCAGGCUCGUGCCCCCACCCCAGCCACCACAUCGCUUCCGGCCAGUGCUCCCCGAACUGCUAUGCGGCUGCCUGCAGGCCGGGCCACGCUGCUUCCCAUGCCACUGUCUGGCAGACUGGCCAAAGCAUCCACACCAGCCCUUGCCAAGCACGCUACCACCAACUUGCUACUGAGCUCCCUGAAGCAGUCAAGUGCCAGCCGUGCCCGGGGUACGGCGAUGGGUUUCCCCGCCCACCUCUACCCAGGUGUCUACCCUGCCAUGCGGCUCUCCGUUGUCCUCGAGGCGCUGGUUCCGCUCAAGACUCCCAUGCCCUGCUUGGGUACCAAGCACAAGACACAGUCCCUGCAGCUCUCUCUUGCGGACUCUUCCCUGAAGCUGCGGAAAGGUUCGGCGAAGGGGCUGGGGAACGCCCAGCCCAGAGUUCCCAGAAAAGCCACAAGCAAGGGUCCUAAGUGUCUGGUUCGCCGAGGCCCCAGGGCUGGACCCCGACAAAGCACUGGGCCUCGGAGAAAGACCUGUAAGACUACUGGAUCCCUCAGUGGCCCACGAAUGAAAGGUGUCUCUUCCUUGAGCAUCAAAACAGCCCAGGCCAAGACAGCUAAAACACUAGCCAAAGUGGCCUGUGCACAGGCCAAGGUGGCAAAGGCCCGGGAAAAAGCUAAGGCAGCUCGUGCCAAGGCCAAGGCCAAGGCAGCACGGAUCAAGGCCAAGGCCAAGGCCAAGGCAAUGCGGGCCAAGGCCAAAGCCAAGGCAGUGCGGGCCAAGGCCAAGGCCAAGGAAAUGCGGGCCAGGGCCAAGGCCAAGGCAACGUGGGCCAAGGUGGCUCGGACCCAGCCCAGGGGCAGGGGCAGGCCAAAAGGGUCUGUUCAGGCCAGAACUGCAAGGCCAGGCCGGAAAAGCCGCCCUGAGACUGUGGGGCAGAAGAGGAAAAGGGCCGAAGAGGCUGAAGGUCUUCCCCAGAAGAGAUCACGGCUUGGGCCCCGAUCCCCUAAGGCAUGUCUAGGUCCUGGAACAGCAAAGCUACUGAAAUUCCAGGCCAUCAAGGUGGACAGGCGGUUCUCAGACGAUGAGGUGCGGCUGCAGGCUCAACGCAUCCUCCGUGUGAACCUGUCCCCUGUAAUACGGCUACAGCCGUUGCUGCCAUACUCGGUACCCUGAUUCCUUCACAUAGCAAUGUUUCGGGAAACUGAGCCCAACUGUCUGUGUUGUCAGUGGCACAGUGUGCAAUGCCCAUGGACUCUGGGUGCCUCUCCAGGGCCCUGGCAGCCACCAGCCUUCUUUCAAAGA